CUUUCUUGGUCCUGUCUGUAACGAUUGCCAGACAAGAGACAUUAUAAGUACCCUCCAUGGAAGCCAUCAAUGUUUUGACGCCUAGUACCGUACAUGCCGUUCUCUACACACAGCUAUUAUUGGGAUACGGGAGGCUUGCAGUCAGCCACAAUGUUGGAUUGCUCAAGAUCCUAUGCGGCUGAGUAUACGGCCGUGAGGCUCUAAUGGGGACUGAUCCUUUCUUGCUCCUGAGGUUGUCAAAGCUUCUUGAAGCCCCGAACAACGACUGACUCAACUGUUCCUCCAUCUGGAUGAGCACGCCUACUCCAAAGCUACAGUAACUUUGAUAAACACCAGAUACCAGCGUACCGCGUACCGCGUACCCUCACCCCGUGCUGCGCCUUACGGAGCAACCGCUCGACCUCGGAGCUGGACGACUCGCACCAUGUACCGCACCAUGGAAACAUGCCGCCGCAGGACAUCCCCGACGCCAUUAUCUCAGGUAAUAAGCACCUCGUAUGUCUACCAAACUCAGCCUCCAACAUCGGGACUCCAAGCCUCACAGCAGGCGGCAGCGUUCGCUCCUGACGAAAAGGCAACGACGGAGCUCGCACAAUCCAUCCCGCGAAGGAAUCAGCUCGCUCUUAAACGAGCAUCCGAGGCAGAUAGAGCAAUGUGGUGGCAUCGGAACUUCGUCGGGGCCGCGAUCGAGGCUCACGCUGACGGGAGACAUUGUGCCUCCGCCGCGUACGAUGCGCUGUGUGCUAAGGCUGGCACAUGGGGCGUGCCGAUCUACAUGCACCCGACGUGGGACAAACCGCAUGGCUGACUCCCGCAAGGCGUUGAAGGGCGGAUGUGUCCGAGUCAAUCGGUGUAAGCUUCAGCGCGGGGGUUUAGAGCUGAAAUGGCGACAUCGGCCUCUAUUCCCCCCCCCGAAGCUGUUCGCCGAUGUUGUGUUCAACUGAUUUUCUACGCCUGAGACUGUCAUCGGCCACACGGGCGAGAAGCUGUUGUUUAUGCCGGAGCGAUGCUACGAUAUAAGCACCCGCUUCACCAGAGCGCAUCGUGUACAUCGUUACCCAUCCUUUCGAGCUAACGAAAAGACCGGUGGUUCGAGCGGGACGUAACCGGUGAGACGUUGAAG